AUGCAUAGCUGAUGAUGGUCGGACUCUGAGCUCCUCUCCGUGCCAAGUUUCUCUGCACCCAUCGCUUCAGCUCACCGGUUCUCCCCCCUGCACUGCGCUGGCUGUAUGGCUCCUCCCUUCGCGUGCGCCAUGCACGGCCGCGCCCUGCUAGCAGCAGCAGCAGCAGCGCUGCUCGCGUCGGCCGUCACGCUCACGCUUCUCCCCUCCGCCGCCGCGCAGCCGUGGGUGGGCCCGUGGCCGACGUGCGACGACACCACCGGCAACUACUCGGCCGGCAGCGCCUACGCCAAAAACAUCAAGCAGCUCAUCCUCAGCCUCCAGGCAAACGCGUCCAACACGCCCGCCCUCUUCGCGACGGGCUCCGCCGGCGCGGGCGCCGACGCCGUGUACGGGCUCAUACUCUGCCGCGGCGACCUCAGCCCCACCGACUGCUUCGACUGCGGCACCAACGCCGGCCAGGACGUGUACCGGGUCUGCAACGGCACCCGGGACGCCGCGCUCGUCUACAACCAGUGCUACGUCCGCCUCGCCCCCACGGACUUCCUCGCCACCACCAACAACACCGGCAUGAGAGACCUCAUCAACGGCAACAGCGUCCCCGCGGGAGUCAACGUGACGGCCUACGACGGCGCCAUCACCAGGCUGCUCAACGCCACCGCGCGCUACGCGGUGGACAGCUCCGCCCCGUCCUUGUCUCCCAGGAAGUACUUCGCCACGGGCCAGAUGGCGGGGGUCGACCCGCGGUUCCCGACCGGCAUCUGGUCCAUGGCGCAGUGCGCGGGGGACAUAUCGCCGGUGCAGUGCCGGAGCUGCCUGGACGACUUGCUGGCGCAGUGGUGGCAGAAGUUCGACAGCAAGGAGAUCGGCGCGAGGCUCGACGGUUCGCGAUGCAACCUCAGGUUCGAAACGGGGAACUUCUACACCGGCAGCCCGAUGGUGAAGCUGCAGAUGAACGGCGAGGAGGCCGCUCCAGCUCCGGUGCCUUCCACGGAUGUUCUACCUGGCACCACAGGAGGUAAGAAAAAUUCAGUUGGCAAACUUCUCGGAAUUAUAUUGCCGAUAGUAUUUGUUGCUGCAAUAGCUGCCAUAGCCCUCUGCAUUUGGAUUGUUCGUAAGAAGAGAACAUACCAAGGAACAAAUCUUCCCCAAACAGACACAACUUAUAUGGCCGAGGACAUCGAAAGCAUCAAGUCGAUAUUGUUAUCGUUGCCAUCACUACAAGCAGCAACAAAUAAUUUUGAUGAAAGCAAUAAACUAGGCGAAGGGGGAUUUGGAACAGUUUACAAGGGCAAUCUUUCUGGACAAGAAGUGGCUGUGAAGAGGCUACCAAAGGGUUUAGAUCAGGGGCUAGAGGAACUAAAAAAUGAGCUAGGUUUGAUGGCAAAACUUCAUCACAGAAAUCUUGUUCGACUGGAGGGUUUCUGCUUAGAAGAGGGAGAGAGGUUGCUCGUCUAUGAGUACAUGCCCAACAAAAGCCUUGACAAUAUUCUUUUUGAUCAUGAGAAGAAAAGACAACUAGAUUGGAGGAAACGAUUCAACAUAAUUGAAGGAGUUGCACGUGGAUUGCAAUAUCUUCAUGAAGACUCUCAAAAUAAGAUAGUUCACCGUGACCUAAAAGCAAGCAAUAUUCUGUUGGAUUCAAAUAUGAACCCUAAGAUUGGUGACUUUGGCCUAGCCAGGCUCUUUUUGCAAGAUCAGACUCGAGGCAUCACAAACCACAUCGUUGGGACAUUCGGCUACAUGUCUCCCGAGUAUGUGAUGCGUGGACAAUACUCCAUAAAAUCAGAUGUAUUUAGUUUCGGCAUCCUUGUUAUAGAGAUUGUAACAGGACAAAAGAACAAUGGGCAUUACUUCGACGAGCAAAACGAGGAUGUUGUGAGCAUUGUAUGGAAGCACUGGAGCGAGGGAACACUUGCAGAGAUUAUAGAUGAUUCUUUAGGGAGAAACUACUCAGAGACUGAGGUGCUAAAAUGUGUUAACAUUGGCUUGUGGUGCCUUCAACAGAAUCCAAUGGACCGACCUACAAUGUCAGAUGUCAUGGUGAUGCUCAAUGAUGAUGAUACUAGUUCUCUACCUGCUGCUGCAAAACCAACUUUUUUCUUGGAUGCAAGCUCAGGCUACUCUUACACCUCGGGCACCAUUUCACAUCCUUCUGCAAGGUAGUGUAGGCUAAGGCCUAAUGCACACCUUUAUAUGAAUAUCGACAUAUUGUUGCUUGUUUGUUUCUUAUUGUGUAUUGGUUGAAAUAAACAUGGAAUUCAUCCUGAAUUGUAAUAGCUUGUGCUCAUUAUUAGUUUCUUACCAAAUCCUCAAAUAUAAAUUUUCUCUUACUAUA